UUGCUGAGCACAUAAUCACAUAACGUUUUUUUCCAUUUAUAUUUGCUGCCGAAUGAAAAGAUGGCGGCCUCCAUGGCAAGUUAUGUCGAGAAUUUUAUUUCUGGUUUUGACGAUUCUGCGGCAAAGUUGAUUGCAAAACACUUAGCAGCUAAAGAUGUUAGCUGGACAGAGAUUAUUGAAGAUUUGGGUCAGUACCUUACAAGUCCCACCACCAGCACCAGAGCUAGGGCAACACGGCUGAUUGCAGACAUCCUUCACUACAUUCCAAAUGAUCUGCUUACAGAGAAGGAGGUGAACUUGUUGAUCACCUACAUCUGUGAGAAACUGAAAGACCACCACUCACUCCAACCUCCUGCAUUAUAUGGCCUCCUGGCACUUUGUAAAGCCCCUCAUCUGAGCAGUGAGGACUUGUCAAUGGUAUGCCACCAAAUAUUUACGGAGGUCAACUGCCAGAGCCUGGCUCAGGGGGAUAGAAGGAUCGUCUUCAACCUGUUCUAUGCUCUACUCACGACACGACUUAAAGAUGUCCAGAAGCUUGGAGGAGACUUUAUCAUUGGCUUCAUUCAGAUGAUGGACUCCGAGAAAGACCCUAGAAACCUUGUCAUUUCCUUCGCAUGUGCCCAGAUUAUCAUCAGAAACAUCCCUCUUGGAGCAUUUAAGGAGGAAAUGUUUGAAGUCGUGUCCUGCUACUUCCCAAUAGAUUUCUCUCCAUCCCAGACUGAUCCCAGCGGUAUCAAGAAGGAAGAUCUGAUUCUCGGUCUGCGUGCGUGUCUUGCAGCCAGUCCACUGUUUGCAGAGUAUUGCCUCCCUUUGUUGAUGGAGAAACUUACCUCCGAGCUGAAGAGCGCCAAAAUUGAUGCUCUGGAGACUUUAGCUGCAUGUGCAAAGACGUAUGGGGCGAACAACUUGUACGAGUUCCAGAGUGCAUUCUUCUCCUCCAUAAAGAAAGAGGUGUUCCUGUCUGGUGACCCAGCCGUGGAGACUGCCGCACUCUCUGCACUCACUUCCCUGGUGACUGCCAUUGCAACGGGUGUAACCACGAGUAACAAACGCCAUAGUUUGGAAGGUUUUGUGGAUGAGAUAUUACAAGAGUGUAAGAACCACCUCCUUCAACCAGAGCUGAUGCUGAUGUUGUCCACUGGGCGUCUGCUGCAAUCUGUUGCCAUGGCAACCAGCCAGUCAUGUGACCAGGUUGUUAGGGCAGUGAUGCCCUUGCUGGUUGACACGUUCAAUAAACAAACGCAGUCCACUCCCAAACACAACGUUGUCCUGGUGGUCAAUGGAUUUAUAGGCGUUACACAAUGCUUUACAUAUUCAGACAAUAAUCCGAACCCAAUACUGACCUACAAAGCCCAGUUGGUUGACAUGUACAAGAAGUCAUUAGGAGAAGACACGUCAUCCAUACAGGUCCUAGGUCUGCGCGGCCUUGACAAACUAUUGGUGCUAGGUGCUCAGCAGUUCAGUCCAGAUGAAGUUUCUGAUGUUGCUCAACUUCUUUUGGAUACAAUAACACAAGUGGCUUGCGAGGAUUCUGUGAGGUGUGAAUGCACAGAUGUUUUAAGGAAUGUAAUGUGUACCAACCCAUCCCUGGCAGAGAACACUGUCUAUCCAACAUUAUUUAAGCUGCUUCACAAUGAAAAUAUGGAAGUUCCAGGACAGGAAUGUCUCGACAGACCUGGUGUUCUAGAAGUGAUAGCUGGCAUCACCAAGGGGUCUCACUGUCUUCAGCUCGCCACUAAGGAAAUCUACAAGCUUUUAAAUAAUGAAACAUUCCACAGUCUGUACCCAUCAGUCACCAAGUGUCUUGCCCGCCUGUCCAGCUCUUGUAGCAGUGACCCCGCCUGUCUUGGUAGUCUCACUGGAGGGGUCAAGGUCAUACACAACCUAGUGGUCAGCAGGUGUCGAGUGGAGGCCUGGUACCGAGUGCUUAGCGACGUGGAGGUGUUAAGCAAUCUGGCAGAGUUCAUUCGGCACCAGGCCGCACACUGGGAUCACAGUGUUUCAUCAGAAAUGCAGAGUCUUUUUAUGGAGUCAUUCUUUAGGAACGUCUCAUCAAAUGAUAAUCAAGAUGAUGACCUUGAUGUCUUCAAAGGUCAACCACAUAAUUUCUGUCCUCUCAAAGCAAGCUGUGAUACUGUUUUCGUGUCCCUGUUGACACCUGUUUUAGCAUCUGGAACAAAACAGUGUGACCAUGUGCACUUCCCGGAGUUGACUGCCAGGCUGGCUGGUUUCAUGUUGGAGCCCCUGGACCCUGCCCCUCACCUCACCGUGUGUAAAUGUCUCGCAGCCAUCAUCAAUAAAGAGCCCCUGGGAAAAACUCUGGAUGAACUAUUGACCUCCAUCAAGGACAAACUGACCUCUGUGCUGGAACUGCAGGGUCAAGGUCACCAUGUAUCUGCGUUGUCAUGGGUUACCAAGGCCCUAGUGCUCAGGGGUCAUAGCUUUGUCAAGGACUUUGUAAACAUGAUGUUUAACCUGCUUGGGUCAUCUGACCUUGGUCACAGCGCUGCUGCUGGGUUCUGCACGCUCCUCACUGACCAAUCUGAUGUACUGACCAGCGAGAUGCAUGCAAAUAUCCGCAUCAUGUACCGGCAGAGGUUCUUUGUUGAAUAUCUCAGUUCCAUUGUAUCUGGCUAUCAGGCUAGUGGGCCAGAAACCAAGCAGAAUUGGUUGCUAGCCCUGUCCUAUCUAAUGCAGGGCCUGGAUAAGCAUGUCCUCAUACCUGAGUUAAAUAAGAUCUAUCCAUUAUUGGUGCAGUCUCUUCUGCAAGAUGACCUUGACCUACAGUUGGUCACCAUGGAAACACUGAGUGACCUCAUUUGCAGUGCCCCAGAGGUCAUCAGUAAACAGAUUGACUCACUCAUACCGAAAUUACUGAAAAUGACCACAUAUAAACCUUCAAUGAAAGUUCGAAUCUCUGCCUUGAAGUGCCUGGCAGGAUUGUGUUCCCUGCCUAUUCCUGUGCUGGUUCCCUACAAGGCUCAGGUUGUUAGGGCACUGGUUCCCGUGUUGGGGGACAGGAAGAGGCUUGUCCGGGCCCAGGCUGUCACUGCCAGGCAGGAAUGGAUUAUGUUUGAUGCAGAGGACAAGUAGGGGAAGAUGCUGGUGCCAUGAAUACAUGUAGGAGACUGUUUUGUGAUAUUAUUUGGCAUUUGGAUAGUUGCAACUGUUGUUAUGGUGACAAAUUCUUUAUCAGAAAUUGAUGGACAAUGUAACCAUAAGGUUGUAUCACAUUAUAUUAUACUUGUUUACUUCUUUUUUAUGUCCCCCACCACUAUAGUGGGGGACAUAUUGUUUUUGCCCUGUCUGUUGGUUUGUGUGUUUGUUUGCCCCAACUUUAACAUUUGCAAUAUUCAAGAUAGCAAUUUGAUAUUUGGCAUGCAUGUGUAUCUCGUGGAGCUGCACAUUUUGAGUGGUGAAAGGUCAAGGUCAUCCUUCAAGGUCUAAGGUCAAAUAUAUGGGUCAAAAUCGCUCAUUUAAUGAAUACAUUUGCAAUAUUGAAGAUAGCAACUUGAUAUUUGGCAUGCAUGUGUAUCUCGUGGAGCUGCACAUUUUGAGUGGUGAAAGGUCAAGGUCAUCCUUCAAGGUCAAAGGUAAAUAUAUAUCUUCAAAGCGGCGCAAAAGGGGACAUAGUGUUUCUGACAAACACAUAUCUUGUUUUGUUUUUAAAAUCAUAUCUGCAUGCCCAAUAUAGGAAAACAUUUGUUUGUUUCAUGUAAUGUUGUGUUGUUUUUUGCUAGUCAAAAUGUGUUCAUUUUUACUGGAAAUAAGUUAGAUUUUUUAUAUGUAUAUUUGUAUAGACACAAAUAAAUGAAUAAUGCAUUCAAUUAACACAAAUGCAAAUGUAUACUCAUUAGUUGUGGCAAUAAAAUACUUGUGCCAAUUUGUUCCUGAAAAUAAAAGCUUUAUUCUUAAGUCAUUGAUGUGUCAAAAUAAUGUUGAUGCCAAAUAUUUUCUCUGUUAAUGAUGCCUUAUUGAUUAUCUUUAUAUAAGAAUGCCUGACUCCAUUGGCUAUGUAACUAGAUCUGUUAUUGUUGUUAAAGUCAGCUUCGUCAUGCGAAAUGGGUCUAAUGCCUCCAGCCUGUGCAUCUGCACAACCUGGUUAGGAGCUACCCUUUCCACCAAUGAGGCCACCAAACUUUGGAUGACUAUUGCUGUGAGUGUAGCUCCUGACCAGACUGCAAGAUUGCAUAUAGCAUCAGACCAUUUUCGCAUGACAUGGAUCGUAUCAGUAGUGUGUAUACACACAUUCUCACCACAAGCUCCCGGUGGUUGUGAAUGGAAGUGGUUACUUGAUAAAACAUUAAACACCAGUCAUUGAGAGGCUGAAAGCAUGCUGUUAUGAAUGUUGCUUGAAUAUAUGCCCGUGGUAAUUCAUAACUGGUUCUAGUAUUGGUUUCUAAUAUACACAGUAUUUGAUCACAACAGAUCAUGUCCCCUAAGUAACGAAUCUCUUAACAUAUACACAUAUCAUGUAUUAAACGAAAAAGAAACAUCAACAUCAUUUUCAUCGCUAUCUGUGUUGUCAUGAAUGAUCAUGAAUACGUUCAACAUUAAGAACGUUUGAAAUAAGAUACUUGAUGGACUCAAUUACAGUGUUUCAUGGUUUUCGUAAAAUGAGUUGAUUUCUUAUAUUUUUUUGUUUACCGUGCCUGCAGUUUAAAGAAGAGAGCAUAGCAAGCUUUCAACAUUAAAGGAGAAAUGUUGUGCAAUGCUUUGAACUAACAUUGUGAAUUCAAAAACCUGUAAGUUUAAAGCCACAAACAUGUGUGAUUUGUUUUUUUCUUUAGGACAUCUAGAUUCUAAUUAAUUUUUUGUCUGCAGUGUAAAGAAGAGAGCAUAGCAAUUCUUUCAACUUUAAAGGCUUAAUUUUGUGCAACGCUUUAGAUAAAUAAUUGAUUUAGCCCAACAGGACUUUGAAACACCAUUAUUAUUGUAUAAGGUCAAUUCCAAUAUCAAUAUAUUGGUAUGUUGGAUUGCAGUGCUUUUUCGCCUGUAUGUAUAACUUACCAGGAUCACAUUCUAACAUUGCAACAAUCAAAUAAAUUGAAAGCAACAAAACAUG